AUGAAACUAUUCGGUACCUAUUUGACAGUGGCUGCUGGUCAAACACAGCCAGCAAUGGAGUCCUCAUACAUCGCUGCUGUGUAUGAGCACAAUUUAAUCACCAACCCAGACCCUCGUGUCCUGGUGUCGCGGCAGGCUGCCCUUCAACACAUGCAGAAAAACUUGGAUAUCUACGAAGUGCAGACUGCACAAGCCGCUCAGGAGGUAUGAUUUAUUGGAAAGUUAUAAAUGCUUAGUAGCGACUCAUAAAAAGGGUUACUUAUUGUUCUACUAAAAAUCAAUGCGCCACCAUGUGCCAGGUUUUUUCUAUUGCGUAACCAGUAAGUGUAUUAUUCAAUAAAAGGGUCAUACCAUAUAUGACAGCAAAUGACUGUGCAUUCAGAAUCCUAGCAUGUUUUUUCAGUCGUGUCUUCUCUUGUCUUUAACAGGGUGCCCAGAUCCUGGUGUUUCCAGAAGAUGGUCUACAUGGGUUUAACUUCACCCGCACAUCCAUCGUAGGUUAUCUUGAAACAAAUCCUGACCCCCAGCAGGAGAGCUGGAACCCCUGCACAGAGCCGGAGAAACACAACAACACUGAGGUGCACAGAUAUACACUCAUGUUUGAUGUCUAUCUUGAUUUAAAGAUACCCACGAGCAGCCAACACUGGUCUGUUAUCAUGAAUUACAUUUCAGAAUGGUUGUUUUACAGGUUCUCCAGCGGUUGAGCUGUAUGGCUCAUCGGAAUAACAUCUACAUUGUAGCAAAUGUGCCUGACCGGCAGCCCUGCCCCCUGUCUACAGAUCCCACCUCCUCCUGUCCAUCUGAUGGACGCUGGCAGUUCAACACCAAUAUUGCCUGUAGGUGAAGUUGAGAUCUUAAAAUAGAGACAUCUGGCUAAACUCCAGCAAAUGCAUCAACACAUGAAUUCUUAAUUUCAUUAUCUUCUAGGUCUGAUGGCCUGCUGGUGGCACGCUACCAUAAAUACAACCUUUUCCCUGAGGAGUCCUUUGACACUCCACCACAGCCUGAGAUCAUCACAUUUGAUACUCCUUUUGCUGGAAAAUUUGGCCUCCUGAUAUGCUUUGACAUCGUAUUUUACAAGCCCACUAUAGCACUGGUGGAAAAGGUAAAACCACUCACAAUUGUGUAUUUAGCUCUAUGUCCCUGUGUCGGAUCUCUUUUUUAAAAGCAGACUCUCUUCCCGCUCCUUUUAGGGUGUUCGUCAGCUGAUCUUCCCUACAGCUUGGUUUAACACCCUCCCCCUGCUUGACUCUGUCCAGUACCUUUGA